UAAACCAAUCAAAGAACAAAUAUUAUUCUUUGGGCUGGAACUUUACUAUUUACUUCCAGGACAACAAUUAAAUGGCGUCUCUUGACAGAGUGAAGGUGUUAGUUUUGGGUGAUUCAGGUGUUGGGAAGUCCUCACUCGUUCAUCUGCUGUGUCAGAACCAAGUGUUGGGAAAUCCAUCAUGGACUGUAGGCUGCUCCGUGGAUGUACGGGUCCACGACUACAAGGAGGGCACUCCAGAGGAGAAGACCUACUACAUUGAAUUAUGGGAUGUUGGAGGAUCUGUGGGCUGUGCCAGCAGUCUGAAAAACACCAGAGCAGUUUUCUACAACUCUGUCAAUGGUAUUGUAUUAGUUCACGACCUGACGAACAAGAAAUCCUCCCAGAAUCUGUAUCGCUGGUCACUAGAAGCCUUGAACAAAGACUCCUCCCCAACGGGGGUAAUCGUCUCAAAUGGUGAUUAUGACAGAGAACAGUUUGCUGAUAGCUCYGUGCCUCUGCUCCUGAUCGGCACCAAGUUUGACCAGAUCCCAGAGAACAAGAGGAAUGAUGUUCUCACCAGGACAGCUUUCCUGUCUGAAGACUUCAACGCGGAGGAGAUCAACCUGGAUUGCACCAACCAAAGAUACUUUGCUGCAGGCACGUCCAACGCUGUGAAGUUGAGCAGAUUCUUUGACAAGGUCGUAGAGAAGAGAUACUUCACCAGAGACCCUAGUCAAAUGACAGGUUUCACAGAGAGGAAACGCUUCAACUUCAAAAGCGUUCACUACGACUGAGAUAGAGGUGGACAGUGCUGGGGCCUCUGGUUUCAACCUGCUUCAGUACAGUCCCUCACUCAACAAGUGUACUUUGUCUCUCUCUCUUACGCUUUUUUUUUUAUCUCUGUUAAAGGCACAGUGCAGUCGAAUGUGAUUUUUCUGUGUUUUA